AUGGUCGACGCCCUCGUGGUUGCUGGCGCCCGGGCGGCGGGGCGGCUGCUGGCGGGGCCCGCCCUGCUCCUGUGCAGUUCGCGCUGCCCCGAGGUGCCGCCGCGCCCUCCGCACCCUGAGUACCUUCAGAUCCCACAAUCCCCGCCUGUCCAGGGGCGCCCGCCGUUGCCAGAGCAGCAUCCUGACGCGCUGGAGGAGGCGGCGACUUCGUGGUUUCAGCUGUACGCCGCAGCGCUCAGCACCGCCAUCGCCACGCUGGAGAUGAGGCGGGCGCUCGCGUGGUUCGCGACCGCAGAUGCGUUGCGGCACCAACUGCACGUCGCAGCAGCGGCGGGUUCGUCGGAUGCCGAUUACUUCACCACUUCGCCCGACGAGGACACGCACGAGGAGUCGCACAUCCUGAUGAAUCCCGACAUCGUUGGGGCGAGGUGGUACUCCACUCGGCGGCCGCCACCCUCAGGCGUGCCACGCGGCAUGGUCUACCGCUUCAGAGCCGCUCCGACUGCCGCGCAGCUCGCGGCCUGGGGGGCGGCCGCCGACGCCCUGGCCCGCGCGCUAGGGACCGCGGUCGAUGACGUACCGACGGAGCGAGCUGCUGACGAUGGGGGCGCCCUUGCUGGCCCGCCAGGGGUCGCGGCGCCCGCGGUGGACAUGGCGGGCACGAUCUGGGCGGCC